AUGUGGGACGUCCUGAAUACUUUUGUGCCUGUUGGUGGUUUUUUGGUCUCAAAGGAUGCCAUUGAAGGCAGUGAAGCAAGCAAAGCUAUAUCAUUUUUUGUACUGGACAUAUUUAUCUGUAUUGAUCAAGAGAAGUUUUUCCUUAACCUACUUCAGAGCAAAGCAAUUCCAAGGUCGUCUCUACUAAACGUUAGCAACUUCUUUUGUAAGGAUGGUCAAUAUUCCUUGGAAGCUUUGCAGCAUUUUUGCACCCUUGAAGCACAACUAGCUUUUCUGUUGAGGAUCAGCCACAAGUACGACAGGCAUGGUGCUAAAUUUCUGUUAUCUACUGAUGCUUUGGAGCAUCUUGGGUCAUGCAGGGUCAUGAACUUGCAAACCAAGGGACUUGCAAGGCAUACUGGUAUCAGUUUGGGAAGAAAUCUCUCUGGUGAGGGUGAUAAAUAUCUGCUUGUGACGCCAAUACUGAGACUGGUUUCUAGUUUGACAUCGCUUGUGGAUUCAUCAGAAUUUCUUGAGGUUAAGAAUAAAGUUGUACGGGAAGUCAUAGAUUUUGUCAAAUCUCAACGGUCAGUUUUUGAUCAGAUUCUAAGAGAAGACAUCUCCUCAGCUGAAGAGGGUACCUUGGAACGGAUUAAUCUUGUUGUCUCAAUACUUAGCAGGAUUUGGCCUUAUGAAGAGAAUGAUGAGUAUGGUUUUCUCCAAGGGCUUUUUAGCAUGAUGAUUUUUGUUUUUAACCUUGAUAUUGGCUCUGCUAGUUUUGGUCGAGUAUCAGAUUCGGUUGAGUACAAAAGGAACUCAGAGCUGAUUGUGUUCAGGCUAUGCUUUAGCCUUAUCUCUUAUCUUUAUCUUCUGAUAACUAAGAAGCUCAUCAGGUUGCAGGUCUCAGAUAGCCAUGAUGGUCUUGUUGAAUCAGUUGGCCAGCAGCUACCUACUCUACUCACCUUAGCGCAUCUUCUUGAUUCUCUCACGAUAGCUUUGGUGAGGGCUGGGGAAGAAAAAAAUUUACUGAUUAAUAAGAUUCAGAAUAUCAAUGAAUUGUCGAGGCAGGAGGUUGAUGAGAUUAUUGAUGUUUGCAUGAGACAAGAUUGUGUCUCCCCUAAUGAUAAUAUUCGGAAGAGGUAAG